AAACACCCAGCUGAUUACUAUAAAGGUUUUUCAAGAUUGCAAGGAAUUAAUUUCAUCUAUUUGUUUUGAUUGUUUUCAAUUUAGAUCACCAAUUUAAAUCGUUUUUUAAUCAUGCCGUACCAUAUUUGGGAUACUCCAGAUCAUAAAGAUCUUGAUAAAAAGCUAUGGGCUGUCACCAAAUUGGCAGUAGGUUACAGUACGGCAUCUACAAUCUAUCAAUCUUUCGCCAAUUUUUUACCUGCAUCAGCCAGAGCUUUUAUGCUUAUUUAUGCUAAAAGUCUUAUACCAAACGUUGUUGCUGUAAAUGUUGGUAUGACAACUGCAUAUUUAACUGCAAAAAUUCGUGGCGAUGUCGAUAACCAUUGGAACUAUCUACCAGGUGCAUUAGCUUUCGCCGGAACAGCAACCCUUUUACGAUUCAACUCAACUUGGUCACCUGGUCCCCGUUUCGGUAUCCAUCUUGUGCUCGCUUUGCCACUUAUUAUAGCAAAAUAUGGGCACAUGGAAAGGAGGGGAGGAAAUUUCCCAAGAAUUUGGAUUGGAUCAGAACAAGCUGCCGACGCAUUUGGUGGUGUACGCAAUAAAGUUCCUCUUGAAUAUAUGCCUCAAGAUUGGGGUCGUCGACAGUAAUAUUCUGUAAUUAAUUUUCGAUUUAAUUCAGUCUGAAUGACUUUUUCUGUUUAUUGUGAUCAUAGUAUCUUAAAAUUAAAUGUAUUUAAUUGCAAUUUUCGUAGAAAA